ACUGAAUUAUGGCAGUAUCCACAUACAUGACCAAUGAGACAAUCGAAGGGCAAUAAACCCGAUAUGUCCCGUAUUAUAUAAACCCUCCAAAACCAUCUUUGAUCGACGUACUAAACACUUAAUUUAAUUCAACUAUAAUGGAGCAAACAAUAGUUGAAUGCACCAUAAACAAUAACAAUAAUAAUAGCGAGUAUCAUAAGGAGGAAGAAGAUGAAGAAGAAGCGAAAACAGAUGUAGAAAUUUGGAGAUAUGUGUUUGGUUUUACAGAAAUGGCACUAGUUAAAUGUGCAAUUGAUCUAGGUAUAGCCGAUGUUAUACAUAAAAACGCGGGCUCAAUCUCAUUGAUUGAGCUCGCGUCUACCCUAAAAUGUUCCGAAUCUUCUCUAUAUCGGAUCAUGAGGUUCUUAACUCAUCGCAAAAUUUUUAAUCAAACCCAAACGAGCCAAGGCAACUUGGUUUACUCUCAAACAUCCCUUUCACGACGUUUGUUAAGUCAUGUUAAAAAUAACAUGGCUCCCUUUAUACUAUUAGAAAGUUCUCCGGUGAUGCUCGCUCCUUGGUUAGCUUUAAGUAACCGCGUUCAAGAGAAGAAUAAAUCGGCCUUUGAUGAGGCCAAUGGAGAAGAUGUUUGGAGCUAUGCAUGUAAGAAUGUGGAUCAUAGCAAGCUUAUUAAUGAUGCUAUGGCUUGUGAUGCUAGGGUAGUUGUACCCCAAAUUAUUAAGGAUUGCCCUAAAUUGUUUGAGGGUUUAGGUAGUGUUGUUGAUGUUGGGGGAGGAAAUGGAACCACUCUGUCUAUGCUUGUCAAGGGUUUUCCUUGGAUUCAAGGUAUUAAUUUUGAUCUUCCUCAUGUUGUGUCUCAAGGAGUGGUUUGUGAAGGAGUGCAUCAUGUAGGUGGAGAUAUGUUUGAUUGUAUCCCAAAAGCUGAUGCUGCAUAUAUUAUGUGGGUAUUGCAUGAUUGGGGAGAUGAUGAAUGCAUUAAAAUACUAAAGAAAUGCAAGGAGGCCAUACCAAAAGACAAAGGGAAAGUGGUAAUAGUAGAAGGUAUACUUGAAGAAGACAAAAAUGAUAAAUUUGAGGAUGCAAGAUUGCUUCUAGAUAUGGUUAUGUUGGCCCAUACAACUAAUGGUAAAGAAAGAACUUUUAAAGAAUGGAGUUGUUUACUAAACAAAGCUGGGUAUCACCAUUUUCAUGUCAACUCCAUUGAUGCUGUUCAAUCUGUCAUUGAAGCUUAUCCUUAAGCUUCACUUCCUUAAUGGCUCGUUUGGUUAGUAGUACUAAAUGAUGGUAAUAUAAAUGAUUUAAAGUGUAGAAUUUCAUCAAAAGUUCAAUGGUUUCCCAUGGUGAUGAAAUUUUGGCCAUAAAAAAGUUUUUUUACAAAUUUUUAUUACUACCUAAUACCACAUCUCCCAAUGGUAAUGCAUUGGAAUGAAUUUUAUGAAGAAAAUGAGAUAAUUGGAGUUGGAUAAACAUGACCAUCAAGGUAUCAAGCAAGAGAUUUUUCAACCAAAACUACACUAAUUUUUAUUCUCAUUACUACCGUUUCAUAUCACCUAUUAAAUGAGCCAUAAUUACCUACUUUUUCAUCUAUUGAUUGGAUUUAUAAAGUUGUAUUCUUGUAUGUGUCUUUUAAAAUUUAUUUGCAUUGUACUUAAUUUUAUAAUUCUUGUCUAUUUUAAUACUUCCUUCACAACAUUGUCUUCAUUAUCUCAUAAUACCAAGGGCGGAUAUACAUGCGCCAACUGACAAUUGAUAACAUUUAACUUUUAUAGCAAAAUGUUUACCUAUAGAUCUAAUAUAUUUACCGGUUAAGUUGAUAGAAGUUUGCCUACAUGACAACAUUGAUUUGGGAUUCAAUCUUAAGUACCCGCAACUUUUU